AUGCACACUGGAGAGAAGCCUUACAGAUGUGAAGUUUGUGGUGCAGGCUUUGUGAACAGUGUUCAGCUAAAGACUCACCGAGGAAUACACGCUGGAGUGAAGCCCUGCAAGUGUGACGUUUGCGGUGCAGGAUUUGCAAAUGGUGACGACCUGAAGCAACACAAAAGUAGACACGAUGGAGAAAAAUGUUACAAGUGUGAAAUCUGUGAAACUUCGUUCUCGCGGAAGAGCAAUCUGCAGAUUCACAGAAGAAUACACACUAGAGAAAAGCCUAAUAAGUGUGACGACUGUGACGUAAGGUUUGCAAUAUGUUAA